AGCCGAUGCAUUGUACGAAUAGUAUCAAAGCCGCAAAGAACUGUUAGUCAGUACCAUCGGUGUUCGUAUGGUGGCGACCUAUGCUCAUUGGACGGAUCCAGCCAAUUCUCCGCGUACCACAGUACCAUCGACCAUCGACCAUCGACCAUUAGUACCAGUACCUACCAUGAAGCUGCUGCGGAUGUCACGGUGUACCACAUAGAUUGUUGUAUAGUCGGUGACAUUUUAACACUUUCUGUGCGUACGGUGGUUCCAUUGAUUUUGUGAACGGUGACACGUAAAUAUUAUUGAUUGGGUGCUAAAAAUUUGUUCGUACUAAAAGAUGUGAUUGUGGUCCAGGAACCGACAAAUUGUAAAAUAAAAAAUGAGGUGGUUCAGGAAGCAGGACGAAGCCCCGAGGCUUCUGAGCUUGUCGCCGCUGAGAAACUCCGAGUCGUUGACUCCACCGAACGAGCCCAACAACCCCGAACUGACCAUACUGGGCACACCCAGACAAAACCUACGGCACAGGUCGCGCAUCGACAUGACCCCCAGCUCGUGGUCCAGGAGGCAGUACAACAAGAACGACACGAACCUGUACAACGUCGAGGAGAGCGUCGUCAUCAUUGAGAAGUCGGAGCGCAAACGUCACAAGUCCCAGCCGAGGAAUUCCAAGUCCAUCGAGACGUGCGGCCAUUACAGGGAGAAGCGCAACCCCCUGCUGGACAAGGUGAAGCACACCAGACUGUCGUGCUUCAAGUCCAGCUCGAACGCGACCGUGGGUGAUGGGGCGGCGGGUUCCAGCGCCGACACCACCGCUAACCCUUCGACGUCCCAACCUGAAGACUUCGAGAACAUCGACGUGGUGGACUUCGCCCAAAGCGGCGACGAAACUUUGUCGAGAGCCUCCUGUUUCACGGCCAAACUGAGGGCCAUGUCCGAGAAGUACUUACAAUCAUCCACAAACAAACUCCUAACCAAGCUGUACAAAAGUCAUCCCGGCCCCUUGAUGGACCCGUUGCCCUUGAAGACGCCCCACAAGAAGAUCUCCAAGAAGCGGAGCUUUUCGUACGGCGCCUUGCCCGACAUAGAGAACUUCCAGAGCACAACCAAUCCCAUUUACACGGAGGCUGAAGCGUCGGCAACCAACGAGGAGGACGACAGGCUGCCUCUAGUUGACAACGAGGACUCCGACAGCGGAAUUUUGGUGAACGACUCGUCGUUUUCCUCUGGGUUUGAAAGUUCUUACUCGGUAUCACCUUUGGAACUAUCAACUAACACUACCGCCGUCGAUGUAUAUGAUUUGGAGGCCAGUCCUUCGGAUGACAGUCAGAGGAACAGAAGGAAGAACAGGACCAGGCAUCACCCUCAAAGGGCUCUGUCUUUAGACAGAAGGGAGCUGUUGUUUACCAAUUCCACAUUGCCUAGUGAAAGUCCCGAAGCUGAACAAGGCAGCCAGUGCAACAAAAACGUGUUAGUCGUAACCUUGGUCAAACAAACCCCCAACGAGGAGCUGGGGAUCUUCAUAACCAAAAGCAAAAUGAUUGCCAGAGGUUAUUUGAUCGCCCACAUUGUGCAGGACGGUAUUGGGGCGAAGGAAGGCAAGCUAAUGAUAGGAGAUGAAAUUGUGAGUGUGAACGGCACCCCAAUCGCCGGUCUUACCAUUACAGAAGCUAAAGAGUCGUUGUGCACGCCAACCUUAGAAGUGGAGCUGGUGAUUAUACGCUCCAGCUUCAUGAAGGAAAGCUCCGUGGACUUUGAAAACAACAGGAACUCAAUUGCUAGUCCCACAGGUGCUUUGAACUCGAGUCCGUUGUACAAAAGACAACACUUCCAGAAGAACAGUUCCAUACAUGGAAGCUACAACAGGGUUUUGAGGGCCAGGAACACGAAUCAAUACAAGAAUAACGAAGGCCCUCAGUUAGAUCUAGCCAAAUCCAAAGAUGCCACAACCAACAGCGCCACCACAAACUUCUGUACCUUGCCAAGGAGGCCGUACUCGAGUAUUUGCACUUUCCACACGGUCACCUUGGAGAAGGGGGCCGGGAAGAAGUCUUUGGGUUUUACCAUUGUGGGCGGAAGGGAUUCGCCUAAAGGGGCGCUGGGAAUUUUCGUCAAGACCAUAAUGACCAACGGCCAGGCAGCUGAGGAUGGCAGACUAAAAGCUGGUGAUGAAAUCUUAGCAGUUAACGGACAAGUGUGCCAUGACAUUUCCCAUGCGGAAGCUGUACUUCUUUUCAAAAGUGUCAAAAUUGGUUCCAUUACUUUGCAUAUCUGCAGAAGGAAGAAGACUAAACUAUCACCUACAAAGGCCAGAUCAUGCAGCAGUAUAGCCCAGCCGAAUUUAUAGCAAGAGUUUUAAGUUAAAUUUUAACUAGUUUUUAUGCCAAUCGCCAAAUAUAAUGUGAAUAUUAAUUAACAUACCUAUUUAUACGUUUAAUGAAUUCGAACUGAUGUACUAUAUUAGAAAAAAUGCAUAAAUUUUAAGUUUAUCAUAAUUUAUAUGUGUAUGUAAAUUAUUGUUGGUUUUGUGAUAUAUAAAUAAAAUUGUAUUGACGUA